AUGCCAAAAAAAACAAAAGCUGCUGUCCGCAACAACAAGAAAGGCGUCGGCAACUUCAGUCUCGAACACCUGGGCAUUUUCGGCCCUGAGGCAGUUGCCGUGGCCAAACAAUUGCAAAAAGCAGUACACGCGAAUCGAAAAAAUGUCGAAAAGGAACUGAUUCGUGUGCUUCCACCAAAGUUUGCCGCCUUCGUUGCACGAUACAUCUGUGGAGAAGGGGCAGGAGCAUUCAAUUUUGCAGACUCAGAAAUAGACCUCGCCAUAGGGGCCGUCUCACUCACAUCAGUUGGGAAACAAUGGAGUCCCCAGCUCACCACGUUUUACAAGUGGUGGACUCGCGGGAGGCAUUUUUGCGAAGAACUGCGCGCGCUCGCGGCGCAGAUGGGAUGGGCAAAGUUUGCCUCAUACGCCAGUCGGGCGUUCUACGAAGAGGAUGUCGAGGGCAAGUCCGGUUCUGACUUCUGCUUACAGCUUCGUCAUCUGCGAAUCAUCCGCAAAACACAGCUCUCGCCUCUCACAAGCCAAGACGCCCUGCCGGACGACUACCAAUUCGACGCACACGGCUUGCUAGAGAGGCUCAACAUUGACGACAAGAAAUGGACUGUCAUUGUUCUUUCCAACGAGGCACCCACUCCACCAGACUGGCCUGAGGAGACGGAGCUUCUCAAACUUCCCGACGCUGGACACGACAAAAACAACAGCAAUUUCUUAGUCUUCCCUUGCCUGAAGUCGAUUUCGGUCGAUCCGCUCAAGUUCUGCGACAGAAUCCGAAACGGAUUGAUUUGUUUGACCGACGUCUCAACAGUGGUCGAAGAAGUCAAGGAGAUCGUGGAAGCCGCUGUUCUACGAUCCCGGCAUGGCAGUGUAAAAGGCACGAGCACCGAUGCCAGCGAGGACGGGAACAAAACGAGCGUGGACAACGUAGUCACAAAGACACGAGAAGCAGCUGAGACACUUGCGGGGCUAGCUUCCGCCUGUUCGAGUCGCCCAUCUUCAAAACAGAAUGCAUCCAGCCCCGACUACGCGCGGGCCGACGAGACUCGCGGUGCUGGCAGCCGAGGCAAUUAUCUCGAGCUCGUUCAGGGAGUGCCAACCACGCAUGACAUCAACACGCUCGACGACGGACAGUGGUUGAACGACGCGAUGGUUAAUUUUGGCCUUCUCACCAUCGGCCAACAGCAUCCCAGCAAUACAUUCUUCUUUAAUACAUUUCUCGUCGAGAAUUUGCUGCAAGGAACAUCCUGCGCCAAAUGGACAGAGGGCGUGGAUCUUUCGGCGUACGAUCACAUUAUCGUACCAGUCCACGACCCUCGGCAAAGGCACUGGUUCGGUGCAGUACUCUGGCGCAGCGCACCUAGCACUGCAGUUGGAAACACCAACGGUUUCGAGCUUACGUUUUUCGAUUCGUUGAGUACAAGAGGACACGACGAGUGUCGUGUGGCCCUGAAGAGGUAUUUCUCCUCUUUCCAACUUGUCGACCAGCCUCUCGCCCGUGUGCCCAAGCAAACCGACGACUGGAGUUGCGCAGACCACUUUCUCGACAGUACUGAAAAUUUCGUGCGCGAUCCGGCGGCGUUUAAGCGUGCCGUGAAAGAGGAAGCGGACAUUUCCUCGACACCAGACACAAGCAGCAGGCGCGUUGCCCUCAGGCGAGCAGCAGAGGAAAAGGGAAAGACAGUCGUGGCAGCAGUCGACACGGUCGAGUCCCCAGAGGAGACUACGGAGGAGUGUACCGUCAUCGACAUGGACAGAAUCCCGUUGGGGCCUGUCGGCACGAUUUGCCCGCCGCGCGUGGUCGACCACGGAGUUGUAGUCGCCGAUGCUUUUCCCGCCAACGAGACGAGCACUGACAAUACGCCCAGCAUCGCACUGUCAGAUGGUGUAGCACCAUCCGACACGCCGGCCAAUGAUGUCUUCUCACCGAGGCAGAAAGCAGAGUCACCAAGUGCAUUGCACAGUACGUCAGCGACUUCCAGCCCGCCAAUAAAUCAACAGCAAAAUCAAACAGUUCGCGACACGCCACCUACUGGCUCAAUUGGGGUGACGGGCGCCACGGAUCCAGUGCUUGUGGAUGGCACAUUGGACGAGUGGUUUGGGGAUUUCCUAGGCACAUAUGACAACGCAACUCCCGUGUCGCCUUCUUUAGUUUACUGCCAGAGAUGUUCCGGGCGAUUCGACCUACUGUUGAUCCGCCUGACGACACACAAGAGUUUGCCGGCGGCUUCGGAGAAGAAAUGA